CGUUGGGUCGCCCAGCGUCUAGCUCACUUCUGCCCGUGGCUCUCCCGCCCAGCUCGAGCGUCCCCGCGCCUGCCCACGGCUCCUGCCCGGCGCGCUCAGCCCUGCUCCGAGCGGCGAUGCGCCUCAUUCAGAACAUGUGCACCAUCGCCGAGUACCCCACCUCGGGCAGCGCUGCCGCCGAUUGCUGCGGGGGGGCUGCCGGGCGCCGCCUCGUGAAGAUCGCCGUGGUCGGGGCCAGUGGAGUGGGCAAGACUGCUCUGGUGGUGCGCUUCCUCACCAAACGGUUCAUCGGAGACUAUGAAAGAAAUGCAGGUAAUCUCUACACUAGACAAGUCCAAAUGGAGGGGGAAACCCUGGCUCUCCAGGUUCAAGAUACCCCAGGCAUUCAGGUCCACGAGAACGGCUUGAGCUGCAGCGAGCAGCUGAAUCGGUGCAUCCGCUGGGCAGACGCCGUGGUGAUGGUGUUCUCCAUCACCGAUCACAAGAGCUAUGAACUCAUCGGCCAGCUCCACCAGCACGUGCAGCAGCUACACCUGGGUGCCCGGCUGCCCGUGGUGGUGGUGGCCAACAAAGCCGACCUUUUGCACAUCAAGCAGGUGGACCCUCAGCUCGGACCGCAGCUGGCUAGCGCGCUGGGCUGCUCGUUCUAUGAGGUGUCCGUCAGCGAGAAUUACAACGACGUGUACCAUGCUUUCCACGUGCUGUGCAAAGAAGUGAGUCACAAGCAGCAGCCCAGCGGCACGCUGGAGAAGCGGAGAAGCUCCCUCAUCCCCAGGCCCAAGUCGCCCAAUAUGCAAGACCUGAAGAGGCGAUUCAAGCAAGCGCUCUCUGCCAAAGUGCGGACUGUCACGUCGGUCUGAAGCAGGGCCGCGCCCGCCCGCGGGGUGGGUGUUCCAACACAGGAACGUCGAUGGCUGGCAGUAUUCAUGGUUCCAGAAGGGGCUGGAGCCAGGGGCCGAGGGCCCGACGGAACUGCGGCAGAAAAGGGAGGCGUGCCAUUCAGAGCAGGAGAACAGCACUGAUGGGGCUUCCAGGGCCUCCCUCUGAACCUGUGGGCCGGACUCUGGGCCUGCCCCUUUGGACUGGGGAGGGAGGCGCGAAGGCUUUGGUUUUUGCCCUUCGCCACCUUGUAAAUGAUGAUCUGUUGUAGUGUCAAACAUUGUAUUGAUGUGAUUUACAAAAGGAAUGGAAGUACAGAUUAGCCAUUCUCAUGCUUUCCCCCUCCCCCCUCUGUCCCCCAUCCCCACUUCACACACACACCCCACCCCCUUAGGAGGAAGAAUUAGUUUUAUCAAUGAGACUUGCAUGUCAGGACCGCUAGGAUACCUAGAGUUCUUCCCUUAAGAACAAAGAAGAAAAUCCUCCUUUUCCAAAGGGGGGGAGGGGGCAGGGGAAGGAGGUUGGGUAAGGGCCAGCAAGAUGUCUGUACGGGGAUCGAGCAACCUGCAUAUGCAGGAACCUGCAGAAAGACCUGCUUCACCUGACCCAGGACGGGUAUGUGCCUUUGGGCGUGUGCUGUGUGGUUGUGAACUCAGACUUCCUCGGCCACAGACUUUUGAGUCCGUUUUGAGACUAUUUUUUUUUAAAACUGUUGCAUCAGGUACAGGGAAAAAACAAUCUCUUGAUUUUGGUGUGAUUUGUGUAAACAGCUCCGGGCAAGGACGCUGGGUUGCUUCCCAGACCCAGCCAAGUCAUGGCAAUGGGUGGCUAAUGUACAAAACCACAACUCGACAGUUAGUCGACAGGAGCCGGGGCCACCCUGCCAAACCCCCUACACAGAUGAUGCACUUUAAAGCCACUUAGGCUUGGGCUGAAAAUGUAAUUAAUUUAUUUUCUGUAAAAUAAAUUCUCAUUUCCAAAGAA